AUGGACGUCAGCACUAUCGAGGACGCUGUACGCAUUAAAGAGCUCGCGCUGCUCGACAAGGUGCAGCAGGCGCUGGAGCAGACGCAGGCGACGCUUCAGGCGGAGCUACAGGCGGAAGCGGCGGAACGCGCGGCGGGAUUGGCAGAGCGCGAGGAAAAGGGGGAAAUUGUGAGUGAUACGAGUGCUGACGUGGCAACGGACGUGACCAAGCCUAAUUUCCCCAGUGCUAAUCUCGACAGCAACCCUGGCUGCCGAGCCGCUGUGUCAAGCCUGCUGUCCAGGCUGGGCAGCCUAGGUCCGGAGAAGGAGAUAGCAGCGCUGCAUUGGGAACUGCACGGUGCCGUGGCACGGCUGAGCAAAGCGGUGGAGCGGGAGAAAGAGAAGGGCAUGUUCGUUGCUGAUAUCGGAGGUGCUUAUAGAGAGGCCGUGCACUUCGACCCCGUUAUAGUGAACCGCGAGAUCGCGAAGCAUCUAUUCCGCCAAGGGCUGAUCAGAAAAAUGUGUGCGAGAAAUGCGGCAGUUUUCGGACGACAAUAG